GGUUGGGAGAUCUCCAAGUGAAACCCAGGAGCUGCUGGAAGCAAGGUGGUGGUCAUUCAGUUGGUGGUACUCUUCCUUCUGGACUGGGUGCUAAUCAUUACAGUCCUACCUGAGUUCUAAACUGAGUUGUUGCUUUCUGACUACAUUCCACCCACUGGAGUUUUAAAGGGAAAAGUUAUUUCUCAUCCUAAAAACUACUGUGUGUUGUGAGGAUGGUGCAGAAUGUCUGCCACCCUGCACUUCAGGGGAAGUACAAAAGUUCAGUUCUUAAAAAGGCAGAAACCUGUAAGCUAAUUCUUUUAGAAAUCUGAUUGUUCUCUCUACAUCUGCCAGACAUGUCCUCUUCCCAUCACUUUAUAUUCACUAGCAAGGAUAUUUACAAUCUUGUCCAUUACUGACUUUCCCUGCAAACAGUAGAAUUCAAUGAGUAUUAAUUUCCACGAUUCUGUCCAUUUGAUAAACUCUCCAUACUUUAGUUAUGGUAGUUCAGUUUUGCAAGAGUUAAACCAAUGUAUUAAGAUGUAACUUUGUGCUUGAAUAAGGUUUCAGAGUAGAAGCCGUGUUAGUCUGUAUCCGCAAAAAGAACAGGAGUACGUGUGGCACCUUAGAGACUAACAAAUUUAUUAGAGCAUAAGCUUUCGUGGUCAUAUAUGCAGCACCUUUUGACACAUGGGCCCCUCGAUGGCUGCCUGCCAAAUUAAGGCUCAGGAGUGUUGGGUUUUUUUGUUUUUGUUUUUAAUUAUUAUUUCUCUUGAAUCACACUAUUAAAACCAUACCUUGCCAUGCUGAAUGUAAUGCAAUGUGUUUUAUCUCCACAAAGUUAAAAUAUCUAGUAUAACUUGAAACCCCCAGUGGAAUAGUAAGCUUUCUAUUUUUUUUUUUUUUUGGUAAGGAACAGAGAAUGUUUAAGCUGAUAAUAGCCAUAUUCAAAACUUAGACCCAGAUGUCUUCAAAGUCAAAAUCAUACUGUAAGUCAAAUUAGUCAAAGCAUAAACAAACAUCUGUGACUGACGUAGCUGCUUCAAGUAGACUAAUACCUCAGUCAGUGUUAUUCAUUUUGGAACAGGCUGAGAGAAAGCAGAAUCAAAAUGAAGAAGUUACUUGUGUUUCUCUUCAUUUUGGUCAUCCUGACCAUUUUUACAGAUACUUCACCAAUUUUGACUGAAAAAGAAGCUAAACAGAUUCUGAGAACCCGGCGUGAAGAUAGACCAAGAAAAGCAGGUUUCCCUGAUGAGCCAAUGAGGGAACACAUGGUUUACCUCCAGCGCUUGGAGAAGAGAUCAGAAGAACAAUUCCUUGAACAUUGGUUAAAUCCACACUGCUACCCGCAUUGCAACAGGAAUUUAGUUCAUCCAGUCUAAAGGGUUUGUUUUUUCAACAGUUAUUGAUCUCCCCAGGUGCAUUUAAGAGGAAACGGUCUAUGAUUAUGUUAAACAGGAUGAGGUUCAUCCAGCAUCUGCUAUAUACUAGCUAUCAAGCUGAAUGUCUUUGGAAUAUUGAGCAUUCUUAGUAUGUAGCAAGGCUUUCUUUUGUAAUCAUACAUGUUUAAAACAAUUUCAUUGACUCAUGUAGAUCACCAUAAAUUUUCAACCCAUAGGUAAGCUAAUGGUUUAUAAGCAUGAAUCUAGGGCUUCUUCCAAGAUUUUAGGAAUGGGGCAGAAUAAAUCACCAACUUGUCUUAGAACAUGUUUAUUUUGGGCACUAUCUUAAUAUAUAUUGAAGCAGGAGGAGGCUUUACGAGAAAGGAAUCAAUACGGAUGGAAAAUAAAAACAUGAUAAGGCUGCCACCCGUUGGGGUUUUGGAUUAUAGAAUUUCUAAGUUUUAAGAAUAUUGUAGUGAAGCAUAACAUUUAUGCAGCAUUAACCUUUUAUGUUAGUUGCCUCACAAGUUAUUUCACCUAUUAUGUUGUAA